GAUGAAUACAGAAUCCUUGGGAAAUGUUUUCUGCACGUUGUCUUUUUGUGUGAUUGCGGCCGUUAACAUGUCGGGGGAAAACAACGUCAAGUCAGCCUAUGACGGUAAUGCAAGCGAGGCUCCAGUAUCGCGUGGCUGGUCACAACAGCCGAGACUUGCACCCAAUGCACCAGAUCAAGAGCCGCAAUGGUCUUCAGACGCCUCAGGGUUGACAGGCCAGGACCACGUCCAAGGUCAAGACGACCAUGGAAAAGGCACUUCAGCACCCCAAAGCGAAGUUGCGCCGCAGUUAUCGCAGCAAGCCGCUUUGCACUUCGCGCAGUAUCCGGCCGAGCAGUUUGUCUCAGAGUUCGCAUUCAACCCCUGCGUCCAGCGACAGGAAACUCAACCGCCGCUGCCACUGCCAUCUCAGCUGUUAGGGAACCAGCCUAUUGGCCUAGCACAAAACCCUGAUAACCCGAUUCCUUACGACCCCCAAGCAGCACAAUGGAGUGUACAGGAGUUGAAUCCGUUUGUGCGGCAAUUCCAAGACCCGGAGUUGGAUCGCGAGUCGUCAGGAGUGUCUGUUUUCGAACCCAAUUCCGUCCUCGGGGAAUCAGGGCGAUUCUAUCACGGGUACAAGGAAGGGAGUUAUUUGCUACCGAACGACCCCGCCGAGCAAGAUCGCCUGGACUUCCAGCACGGUAUGAUGACUCUGCUGUGGGAUGGGCGACUGGUUUUAUCACCGCUGCCACGGGCGCCUAAGCUCGUCCUCGACGUCGCCACGGGAACAGGCAUCUGGGCUUUGGAGUGCGCCCGUGCGAAUCCCACGUCUUUCGUCAUUGGCACGGAUCUGAGCAAGAUCCAACCAGAUCCCGAUGUCCCGAACUGUUUGUUCGAACAGGAUGACUGUGAAGAGGACUGGCAUUGGACUCACAAGUUUGACUAUAUCCACAUUAGGAUGGUCGUUACGGCUAUCCGCAACCCCCAGAGACUCAUAAAACAAGCUUACAAGUUUUUGAACCCGGGAGGAUGGAUCGAGAUGCAAGAUGCGAGCAUGGAGUUACUAGGGGAUGACGGCGACGAAAGGGUGCAAACUUCACUUCUAAACAAAUGGUUCGAGCUCAGCGCCAAAGGGGCUGCGAUGAAUGGGUUCGAUCUACACAAGGCAAGGCAUUACAAGGACUGGCUUACCGACGCAGGAUUUUCUGUUGUCCAAGAAGAAAAGUUCAAAGUGCCAUGCGGCCCGUGGCCCGAGGAUGAAAAGGCGCGACAAGUUGGAAAAUGGAUGCAAGCCAACUACCUGCUUGGGCUCCGAGGAGUGAGCUACAACCUGCUUCGAAGUGCCGGGAUGCCACCAGACGAGAUAGAAGGCUUCAUCGCCGCCACGAAGGAAGAAGUCAAACAUGGCAAUAUUCGGGGAUAUACCCCUUGGUAUGCUGUCUAUGGAAGAAAACCGUUUGACGGGGAGGCAAAGACGGACGAGGCCUGAUUUGAACGAGGUUGUCAUGUGAUGUAAUGUUUCUUACAGAAUCGUACAGGGAACAGAGCUUUAUAAGACGAGAAAGACUUUUACGUAAAUAUAUUGAACGUGGAACAUAGUACCAUAGAUAUGAAAGAGCAUUCCGAUAA